CAUUUUCAUCAAUGGCGACUCACGAACGUCCAGCGAACCUGGUCCAAAUCCACACCACCCAACUCCGCCAUGAUCAGGGCGGCGCUAGGUCCCUCAUCCUUUCGCAAGGUCCAUCCAAGGGAAAAAUCUUGACCGUGAUGGCCUUGUUGCCUGUUGGUGGGAUCUUACUUGGACUUGCCGGAAUAACCCUCGCCGGCACCAUGAUCGGGCUUGCUUUGGCCACCCCAGUGUUCGUAAUCUUAAGUCCGGUGAUUAUUCCGGCUGCACUCACCGUCGGUCUUGCAGUCGCCGGAUUUCUGACCUCCGGGACGUUCUGGUUGACGGGGCUGAGCUCGUUAUCGUUCUUGGUGAAUUGUGUGCGUCAGGCGACCGGGCGGCUGCCGGAAAAAAUGGAGAAUGUGAAGGGUCGGAUGCAGGAUAUGGCGGUUUUUACGGGGAAGAAGACGAAGGAGGUGGGUCAAAAGAUCAAGAACAAGGCUCAUGAGGUGGGACCAGAAGGUCAAGGUCAAAGUCAAAGUCAAAGUCAAGGUAGUGGAAAACUUGAGAAGUAAAAGGGGUUUAAUUAUGGUGAUAAUAGAGUGAGGGUAGAAUGGUACUUUGCACUUUGAUGCUUUAAAAAUAGUACUAUAUUUGAAACAAAUAUUUCUCACAAAAUUGUUGUUAGUAUUUUUGUUAAU